AUGGAUGAGAGAGGUUGGAGGAAACUGGAUAAAUGUGAAACAAGCAGAGGGAGGAGGAAGCCGUUUCAUUGCUUUAAAUCAGGAGAAUCAAACUUUCGAGCAUUUAUUGACCAAAAACCGACUAGAAGUGACUGCAAAACUGGAAGAUUUACCGGUACUACAGUCAACUUACGGGACAGUAUUCCAGAUUAUCUUAAAGAAAGGGGUUUGUUUCCAUCAAAAACAUGGUUUGUUUUGAGAACUAGUUUAAAUGAUAAUGGUCCAGAGCUUGAAAAUUAUUUUGAUUAUGAUUACAAUGAUGAUUGUAUGUCACUCUCUGAUUCUGAGCCUAUUACUGCUGCUGGUCCUGCUUUGAAAAGAAAAAUUUGUGACACAUGCUCGGGCACUUACUUCAGGUUUUGCAUCAGAUGUAAGCAAGAUAAGGAGUUUGAACAGUCAUUGCAGAAAGAUAGUCAAAAGAAUUCAUUUGACUCUGAAGGUGGAUCAACAUCCGAAGAACCAUCCAAUGAAAAUAUUACUGACAGAUCUAUCGAAAAUUUGCGAGAACAACGUAUUAAAGCUUUAUCUAGUAAUUCACCAAAAUUAAACUUGGAGAAAGAGUUGAAUGUUUUGUCAGCGAAGUUCAUGAAAAAAAGUAAAGUAACUUUUAAUAUCAGAAGAAGAUGUGUAUUUAAUGAUGUUAUGCAAAAAAUGGAGGUGUUUUUUUCAGAUGCUGAAUUGUCUCCUUUCAAGGUAGAAUUCACCAGUAUGGGUGGUAAGGAAGCUGGUGUAGACACAGGUGGUCCUACUCGUGAGUUAAUAUCGCUAUUUUAUCAAAGCACAAUUGGUAAACUUACAUAUGGCCGUCAAAAUAAUGAAUUUUUCAUCCAUGAUCUGCAAAAGUUAACAGAAGAUCAAUAUAUGUUUUUUGGAAAAUUUGUGUCAUUAUCUUUAUUACAUGGUUGCAAUCCACCAUACUUCAGUGCUGGUCUCAGUGGCUUUAUAGUGGGGCAUAAAGACUGUUUAUGUUGCAUCGAUGACAUACCCAGCAUUGACCUCAAAAUUAAACUUGAAAAUAUCAGAAAUUGUGAUAAAGAAGCAGAAUUUCAGUCUCAAGUUCAACGUUUCCAUGAACGAUUUGACUAUGGUUACAACAAACCAUGUCCGAAACUAGCAGACAAAACUGAUUUAUUGCAAAAGGUUGCUCACCACAUCAUAAUAUCUAUGCAAUUAGAGGAAAUUCAUCAAUUUUUAAAGGGACUUGAAGCUUUUGGUGUUCUUGAUCUGCUUAGAAAGCAUCCUUUGGAAGCCAUGAAGUUAUUCACUUACAACCAAGAUCUUGUUGAUCCUGAGGUUAUCAAGUCCUGUUUUGAUGUAACAUAUUCGAACGAAAGUGAUAAAGCUGCCCUAGAGGAAGAUAUUUUUUACAAUUGGAAAAACUUCCUCGAUGAAUUGGGUCACGGUAAGUGUAUCACUGUUAAAACUUUCACCGUAUCUGAUGUCGAGAAUGAAAAAACAGAUGAGAGUGCUAAAUCAGAGAAAAAACUUUCACUAGGCGAUGUUAUGAUGUUUCUCACAGGCUCUACUGUUGUACCUAAUAACGAAAAAAUCAAAGUUCUUUUUGAUCAUAUAACUGGAAAGGGAAGAAUCAGUGUUUCGACAUGUCAGUAUCAGCUCACUUUUCCGGUUGUACCAAGAUAUACUGGGUCAAAAUUUUCUAGAAACAUUACCGAAGAUAUUAUUAAUUCGCCGGGCUUUGGCAUUGUUUAAAAAUACUUGUUGUUUGAUAAGUAUAUUUUAUCAGUGGUAUUCUAUUGUUUUUUGAAUUAGCAUAUUUUUUAAAACAUCAUUCAGCUUUGCAAAUAUUGCCCACGACAAUGCUUGAAUUGUGUUUUUCAUAGCCGUUGACACGGGGGGGGGGGGGGUGUCUUUUGUUUUGUCUUCUGUUUUUGUUGUGUUUUAAUUCUGAAUGACACAGAUUUUCUUUCCUCUAUUUUGUUCUGUAUUUUAUUUUUAAUGAAGCUGAAUCAGUGCUUUUUAUCAUUGAUAAUGGACCAUUCUUCUAUUUUGUUUUUUAUUUUAACUUUUAAUACAGCUGUUUCAAAUGUAUUAAACAUUUUGUUUCAAGAUUGAAGAUUUCAAGAUUACAUCUGUAUUUUUCAACACCAACUUGUUACAUUGUUAUCUACAUAAAUUCUGCUACAGCAUCAAGUAAAAGAAAGUAUAUUUCUAAGGC